GCACUCUUUUACUUAAGGGGGAAGCCAAGGAAAAUCUUAUAAGCUAAAAUAAAAGCGAAACAAGGCAGGGUUCGCGAGCGCUUUUUUUUUCAGUCUAAAGAGGUACUUGGAGGAGUGGCCAUCGUAUCACAGGCCAAGUUUACUUCUGGAUUUGUGAAAUAUGUGGGCCGACGAUGAUGCAGCACCAUGGGAUAUGGGGGAUGAUACCACACAGGAGCAACCAGCGGAGGGAGAGGCAGCUGCAGAAGGAGCUCCUGCUGACGGUGCGGCUGCUCCAGAAAAGCCGAAACUAACGUUGCUGAAACUUGAACCACCGCAUUACAAUCAUCACUGGGUUCGCCCCCUCUUUCUUAAUUACGCAUAUCUUUAUGAAUACAGGAAGAAUUACUACGACGACGUGAUUGAUUAUCUGAACCAAAGGCAAAGGGGCAUAUUCCGUGAGCCUCCCAGAGCUCAAGAAUGGGCUGAACGAGCAAUGAGAACCUACGACGAGAAGAAUCUCGACAAGAGUCACAAACGAUCUGCAGACAUGAAGACUAUAAUUAAUAUGAGACACGAACCUAGAUAUUACAGUUACCACACUCGGGCCUAUUACAGUUUGAAGUACCAGAAGAUCCUCUGAAUUUAUUAUUUUGAUAACAAAGUACGACCCGGUAUUAAAAUAAUUGUCAUUCGCGGCAUAGAUAUAGAUUUCGUUGCGGCAUAUUUAUAUACGUGGCUUGUAACAACUUUGCUAGUGUUGAUUAAUGUUUUUGUAAGCGUAUUCACCUACUACGAAUUCUAUUCAUUAAUUGUUCUCUACCCAACUGUUCACACCAUAAGCAUAAACUAGCAGAAAAUUUCACAUGUAUAAAUUGCCACUUAUAUUUAAUUUUACAAAGAUAUUAAAUUCCUUGUGAACUGAUAUGUAAGUAAACGUUUUAUAAUAAUUGCUAUUCUUUUGAUCAGUCUUUAUUCGACGCAACCAUGUGAUUUCUUAGAGAUAGACCGUGAUAGCUGUGAUGUACUUGUAUAUGCUCUAAACCUCAAUGCAUAUUGUAUGUAUACUGCCGCUGAAGCAUUCUCAAAUACAUUGAUAUUAUCAAACAUCAC